AUGCCCAACGAUCCCGUCUCGCUCGCCACUCUCUCGACACUCCCCUCCACCUACGACCCCAACAAACCAGUCUAUAUGCUCAACCUCUGGAAAUACCGAAAAGAGGCUUCCUACCGCCCUGAGCAUGCGCACCUCGCCGGUGACGCAUGUUCAGGCCAAGAGGCCUUGGGACGCUACCGCGCUGCCAUCGCCCCUUUACAUCCACCCAACACUAGUGUCAUCUUCUCCAGCACCGUGUUGGCUAAGAUUCUUGUCGCAGAAAAUGAAGACUGGGAUUUUGUUGCAAUUCUCAAGUACGAGACUCUAGAGGGGUUCAAGAAAGCCAUCGGAAGUAAAGAAUACAGGGAGGAGGUGGAACCGCAUAGAUUGGCGGGGCUGGAGGACGGGAGAUUGAUUGUGCUGGAUAAGCUUGAGUAG